AUGUCAGAAUUAGAAUUUGAGGGAAAUAAUUGCAAGCAUACAAAUCAAAUUGAAGGGUUUUGUACUGGUUGUGGUAAAUGCUUUGAAGAUUUUGAGCUUCAACCACAAAGACCAGUUGUGCGUAGCCAUUCACUUUACCGUCCAUCUAUGAAAUUUUCAAUCCAAGAUCCAAUGAAAGUGAAUGAUGCAGCUAUUAUGAAAAUUCUCACACCGUUAAACUUGAAAGGUUAUAAUAGCUCAUUGAAGAACUUGUUACUUACCACAACAUUUAAAUAUAGACUCAAAAAAGAAGACAAAGUCAUAGUUGCUUUAUACCAUAUUCUAAAACAAGUAGAAUUCCCAAUUGUAAUAUCUGAUCUUUUAAAAUAUUCAAAUUUAUCAAAACAUAAAUUAUUAAAAAUCUAUAGAGACACAUUUGAAUAUGUAGACAGAAGCAGGGAUUAUUUAAGAGGAAUUUAUGAGAGAGUCAAAAAUUUUCUUGUUAAAAGAAAGAUAGACCAUAGCGGAUCAUUUGAAAUAUUCUACAAGUUAUCUGAUAUUCAUAAAUGCUCAGACCCCAAGACAUUAUGCCUAGCUUAUUUUUUAAAAGUCAAUAAAAUUUCAAGUUUCAUAGUAAAAGACAUAGAUGAAUAUGACAUAUAUCAAGUUCAAAACAUCAGAAGAAAGCUUAAGUUAUCAGAUUUAAUUGAAUGA